CCGGAAUCGCUUUUCCAUACUCUGUCUUAGGCUCCUUCAUGCCACUGAAGUCUCUCCUAAUUGUUUUCAUGUUUCUUCCAGCUCUGCGAGGAGCCUGCUCACCCUAAUAAGAAGAUGUCUUAUGGCUCUGUUGCCAGUGGAGGCGGCUUGGGGAGCCAUGGCCCUUUUGGGACCCCCUCAAGGCAAGGCUGUCAUCCCCUAGGGCCUGGCGUUUCUCCCGGAGGUCGUCAGAUGCUUGAGCCCACCCCACCGCCCGCCACUAGCACUCAUGGCGGCAAGUCAGGAUCCAGCACCCCCCGGGCUAAGAAGAGGAAGCCCAACCUGUGCCCGCGGGAGACAGAGGUGCUGGUAUCCAAGGUCAGUAAGCACCUCCCGCUGCUGUUUGGCACAGGGCUGCUCCAGGCUGAGCCCACUCCCGUGUGGAGUCGCCGCCUGCGGGCAGUAAGUGCCCUAGGCUACUCGCGAGAUGUGGUGGACCUGAAGCACAAGUGGCGGGACCCGUGUGCGGUGGUGCAGCGUAAGCUGGGCGACCUCCCGAAGACCGGCCCCGGCCCCGCCUCCAACGAGCCCACACCUGUGGAGCAGGCAGUGGCCCAGACCUCGUCCUGCCAGGCCCUGCCUCCAGAGGGCCACGGCCUCCCGCUGCCCAGAGGUGAGUUCCUUGCCCGCCAGGCCGUCACUGUUGUGCCAGGGAGGUGGCCGCCUGGGCCAUCCUGUACAGCUGCUUUGGCCUCCAGCCUCCUGGCUCCUGACGGCACCCGGAGCCUCCACUGCCCUGACUGGUACAGAUCUUCCUCUGCGCCAGGCCGCAGCACGUGCCGGGCCCCCGGCAUGCUUCCUUCACCCGGUGUCCCCGCCCCCCUUCGCCUCUGCAGCCGCGCCCACUCACCGCUGGGGAGUCCCCACCUCUGUGGCCUUAGUGAAUCAUCAUACAACUUGCCCAAGGUGAAGGCUACCAUCUUAGCUAUCUUGACGAACAGAGCCCCUCUGAGUGCCCUGCAGGUCCUGUGUGAGCGCAAGUCCUCCGUGCCCGAGUGGAAUGGGAGGGCACAGUGUGAGGAGCUGCCCUCCUCCUCUGCCCCUGGCCCGUUCCCUGGAGAGCAAGGGCCGCUCCAGGCCAUCCUCAUCCUCAUCCAGGAGCUAUGUCAAGAGCUGUUGGCCAGCAUCUUCCGAAUCAACUCCCAUGUGACCUCCUUGGAGCAGAGCUUCCAGUCCCUGGGGACACCGAAUGAGACACACACACACACACACACACACACACACACACACACACACGAGCUUCGGGACAGCCUGCACUCAGUGCAGCAGGUGACUAACAAAACCAUCACGGCCAGUGCCAGUGCCACAAAGCAGCUCUUGGAGCUCCUCCCGGCCCCUAGCCCAGUAGGUUUCCUUAAGGACCUGUGGCAGGGGGAUGACAGUGAUGACAAGAGCCACCAGAGCCAGUACAAUGGAGUGAGGGCCACUGUCGGCCUGGCUGGGCUUCUGCUAAGUGCUGGUGUCGAGCUCCCUCCCCUCGGCACUGCGGAGGCUGAACGUAGCUGGCAUCGCCAGAGCCCUUUCUCCUCCCGAGCGCGCCGGUCUGAGCUGGGCGUCAGCACAGGUGGUGGGGCCAGUGUUGAAGCAGCUCAUUCGGGCCACUGUGAAGAAGGUGACCAGUGGGCCCAGGUACAGCAGCACAUGGCAGAGAGCCUGUCUCUAGGCAUGGGGCUUAGGAAAACUCACUUCUUGGAAGCCAUCCAGCUCCAUGGAAUCGUGCAGAAGAAAAUUGCAGAAAAGUCCAGAGCAGCACUUCCCGUGUGCCGGAGGGGCAGCCAGCAGAUGGGUAGCCCCCGGGCUCCUUUUGUGGAGCUAGCCAACAAGGAGAAGAUCUUCAGUGGAGGUGGCAGCCUGUGGCAAGGCCAGGAGCAGGAGCUGCUUGCAGACAUCCCGCGAGACGAAGCUGUCCUGCAGGUGGAGCGUGACUUGCUGGACGUGAACUAAGUCGUCGAGGACGUGGCCGCCAUGGUGCCGGAGCAGGGAGAUGCCACUGCUGGGUGCUUGCUUGACUCGGGCCACCUGCCGGGGAGAGCCUUGAAGGUUCUGGAGACAUGA